AGGCCCAUGGCGACCUGCCCUGUCCUGCAGAAGGAGAUACUGUUCCAGACAGGAGUCUAUGCUUACAGAAUCCCGGCUCUGCUCUACCUGUCGAAGCAAAAGACCCUGCUGGCCUUUGCGGAAAAGCGCCUGACCAAGACGGAUGAGCAUGCAGAUUCGAUCGUCGUACGAAGAGGAAACUACAAGACAGCCACCCGUCAAGUCCAGUGGCAAGCUGAGGAGGUGGUGACCCAAGCCCGGCUGGAGGGCCACCGCUCCAUGAACCCGUGUCCCUUGUAUGACAAGCAGACAAGGACCCUCUUCCUGUUCUUCAUCGCCAUCCCUGGGCAUGUAUCAGAACACCACCAGAUCCAGACCAGGGUUAAUGUCACACGGCUAUGCCACAUCACCAGCACUGACCAUGGGAGGACCUGGAGCCCUGUCCGGGAUCUCACAGAUACCACCAUUGGCAACACUCACCAGGACUGGGCCACGUUCGGUGUGGGGCCUGGGCACUGUCUGCAGCUGCGAAACUCAGCGGGGAGCCUGCUGGUGCCCGCUUAUGCCUACCGGAAACUACAUCCUAGCCAGACACCUGCCCCCUUUGCCUUCUGCUUCCUCAGCCACGACCAUGGGAACACUUGGGAACUGGGUCACUUUGUGUCCCAGAACACACUGGAGUGCCAGGUGGCUGAGGUUGGCACUGGUGCCCAGAGGGUGGUCUAUCUCAAUGCUAGGAGCCACCUGGGAGCCAGGGUCCAGGCACAAAGUCCUAAUGGUGGCCUAGAUUUCCAGGACAAUCAGGUAGUGAGUAAGCUUGUAGAGCCCCCCAAAGGCUGCCACGGAAGUGUGACUGCCUUUCCCAACCCCACCUCAGUGGCAGAUGCCUUAGACGUGUGGCUGCUCUAUACCCACCCUACGGACUCCCAGAACAGGACCAACCUGGGUGUGUACCUCAACCAGAAGCCACUGGACCCCGCAGCCUGGUCAGAGCCCACCCUGCUGGCCACAGGCACCUGUGCCUACUCGGAUUUGCAGAACAUGGGGAGUGGCCCUGAUGGCUCCCCACAGUUUGGGUGUCUGUAUGAGUCAGAUAACUAUGAAGAGGUCACUUUUCUCAUGUUCACCCUGAAGCAAGCUUUCCCAGCGGUAUUUGGUGCCCAGUGAUUUCGUUGCAUGGGACCCAAAGUCUUUCCUUGUGCUUCAAAACAUCCAUCUUUCCUCCCUUCCAGCAUCCUCUAGACUGGAGGCCAGCUCUUGGGCUCUUCCUCGGGAGUUUGCAGAGAGCUUGGUCUCUUGGCUCUUCAUAGGUUCUGUUGUUCCGGUUGCCACAGUGGAUCUAUUUCCAGCCCAGAAAUCAAAGGAGCCUGGCUUUCCCCAGGCUUUUGACAGGGAAGGUGGGGACAGAAUAUACAGAGGCUGCUAUCCUGUGUGUCAGCUGUCACUAUGCUAGCUUAGCCUGCCUGUUUCCCCACUCCUAGUUUUUCGGUGAGUUCUU